AAUAAUGAGCAUAAUGAGCAGAUGAAGUGAAGAAACCCCACACACAAGCUAUUCUCAUUUGCAUCUCCUCCUCCUCCUUCGUAUGAUUAUGGGUUCUCUAACAACCCUAGCGUCUUUGCCCCCAAAAUAUCAUCAUCAUCAUCAUCCCAUUACUACAAUUACUCCAAACAAUUGGUUCAGAAAUUGUUCAAUUUCAAUUAAAACUAAGAGGAGGAUUAAGUUGAUCAACAUUCGAUUACAACCUUGCAAUUGCACCACCGCACUAUCAUCAUCAACAUCGACACCCAAUUGGGUAAAAGGAAACGAGGUUUUUGAGGAGGAUGAAAGGGUUUUUGUAGUUGUUAAUUUCUAUCGAUUUGUUUCCAUCCAAGACCCAGAAGCUGAGGUCGACAAACACCUUCAGUUUCUACAGGGUCGUGACAUACACGGUCGGAUAUACAUAAAUGAACAAGGAAUCAAUGCUCAGUACAGCGGGCCAUCAGAAGACGCUCUUGCAUAUGCUAGUUGGAUAAAAAAAGAUGAAAGAUUUAAGGAUAUAUUAGUUCAAGUAUCUUCUCCUGUACAAAGGCAUGCAUUUCCAAGACUCAAAUUGCGGUAUAAACCUUCUCUUGUACAGAUGGAAGGAGGGGUGUCACAUCUUCCUUUGGUUGACUCAUCUAUGCGCGCAACGCCUCUCACGCCAUCUGAAUGGAGGGAAAAACUAUCAAAUUCCGAUAAAGAUGUUGUUCUGUUGGAUGUGAGGAAUGGUUAUGAAUGGGAUAUUGGUCAUUUUAAUGGAGCUCAAAGACCAAACGUUGACUGUUUUAGGAGCACAACAUUUGGGUUAUCUGAAUCAGAGGACGUUGCUUCAGAUCCUUUAGCUAAUGUUGAUAAAGAAAAUACAGAGAUAUUAAUGUACUGCACUGGAGGUAUUCGUUGUGACGUAUAUUCUACAAUCCUUAGACAAAAGGGUUACAAAAAUUUGUAUACGUUGAAAGGAGGAAUAUCACAUUAUCUGGAGUGUGAAGGCCCGGUUGAAUGGAUUGGAAAUCUUUUUGUGUUUGAUUCUCGGCUCUCGCUACCACCUUCUUCGGUCAAACAUGAUUCAACGAAUGAUGAAAAUACCGUUUUUGCUAAAUGUUAUAUUUGUGGCUCACAAGUUUCUGAGUUGAGGCAUAGAAACUGUGCAAAUCUGGACUGCAAUCUGCUAUUCCUGUGUUGUUCGAGCUGUAUGAAUGAUUUGAGAGGAUGCUGUACUUUAAAAUGCACAUCUGCUGAUCGGCUUAGACCCGUGCUACCAGGUCAUGAAAGAUACAAAAAAUGGCAUCACUACCGCGAUACAUAGGCCUUUACCAACUUAGUCAAUGAGAGUAUUAUAGGAACCUUAAGUUUUUUGAGACAUUUAAAUGAAGCAUAAAAUUUUAAUUUGUUGUACCUUUUGCCUCAUCAAUGCAUAUUAGUUUUAGUUA